AUGGUUCGCGUUUCCUUUUUGCUGGAAACCCUCGCUCCUCGCUCACAAAUCCAACAAACAAGAAACAAACAACAACAAACAACCAAACGAACCGUAACAAUGGGAUCGGCACAGUCAACUGACAUGAAGAGGAAGGAAGCUGCAGAACUUGCGCUAACCUCUUCUUCUAGCAACGACGAUAACGAAAACUGGACGCCUAUCAUCGAGGCCAGUACCGGUAGCGAUGAAGCGACCGAAGAGGAGGAGGACUCGGACGAAGAGGAAACUGAUUUGUCGGAGAGACUCGAAAUUCUCCGUGAUACCCACAAAAUGAGGACGAUGGCCAAGUUCUUUUUGCAUCCAGAGUUGCCAGUGGAAACGGAUGCCACGGCUUGUGCACGCUGCUUCUUUGACAGGGAUCCAGCGCCAGAGCAGGAGAAUGAAGGAGACGAUGCUGAAAGAGAAGAGAUUCUCAAAGAACUGAAACAACUGAAGAAGGCCGCCAGGGACUAUCUCCAUCCUGAGUUGCCAGUGGAAACAUCAGAUGCCACUGCUUGUGCACGCUGCUUCUUUGACAGGGCUUCAGCCCCUGUGCAGGAGACUGAGGAAGCAGAUGCUGAAAGAGAAAUGAUUCUCAAAGAACUGAAACAACUGAAAAAUGCCGCCAAGGACUAUCUUCAUCCCGAGUUGCCUGUGGAGACGUCUGACCCAACAGUGUUCGGCCGAAACUACUUCACACGCCCAUCUGCCCCUGUUGAGAUUUCAAAACAGGAGGACGAAGAGCAUCAAAUGAUUCUCAGUGAUGCCCAGGAGCUAGCCAAGCUUGCUCGUGCCCACCAUUCUGGGGUGGCAUUGCAAAUCGACCCAACAGUGUUUGGAAGGAACUACUUCUCUCGUCCUUCGGCUCCAGAGCAGCUUUCUUUGGAGGAAGAUGAGGAAAGGAUGGUAGUUCUGGCAGAAGCAAAGGCACUCUCAAAGUUGGCCAUUGACUACAGGCAUCCAGAGCUACCAGUUGCAACCACCGACCCAGCAGUGUUUGGUAGGAACUACUUCUCUCGUCCAUCAGCUCCGGAACAACUUGAUUUGGAAGCAGAAGAGGAGAGGAUUGCAGCUCUGACAGAUGCCAAGGCACUCUCAAAGCUGGCCGUUGACUACAGGCAUCCAGAGCUACCAGUGCAAACUGCAGAUGCCAGUGCUUGUGCUCGUUGCUUCUUUGACAGGCCUUCGGCACCCAUGCAGGACCUGGAGGAAGACACUGAGAGGGCCCUUAUCUUGGAGGAGAUGAAACAGCUGAAGAAGUCUGCUGUGGACUAUCUUCAUCCAGAGCUACCUCUAGUGACAACAGAUCCUGCUUUGUUUGGAAGGAACUACUUCAGUCGCCCAUCUGCAUUUGAGCAGUUGUCUGUGGAGACGACUGAGGAGAGUGGCCGUAUUUUGAAGGAUGCCAGAGCACUUUCCAAACUGGCCAUUGACUGCCAGCCCCCGGAGAUUCCUGUAGUUGCUUCUGAUCCAAAUGUAUUUGGACGCAAUUACUUCAACCGUGCAUCGGCCCCCCCACAAGCAAGCGCAGAGGAUGACGAGGAGGAGGAACUCGCACUUAUCGCAGAGAGCCGUAACAAGCAGUUGGUUGAUGAGAGAGAUCAUGUCCGACCAAGAGAUCCCGCUGGUGAAGAGUUGCAGCACGAUCUGCAUUGUCAUCAUGCACAUUUCGACAUGGACGAUCAAAUACAUCUUCAUCAUGUGGACUUUGACAAGAACAAGGCCCACCAUGACGAGAUUUCCGAGGUGAAGGUUUCAAGCCCCACAGCAGCCCGAAAGGUUGUCCUCCGAGACUUUGAUCAUCAGAUUCCGAGCUCCCCAGGUUGUGUCAUGACGUUCGCCCGCCCAACAGAGACACAGUAUCUCCCUCAGUUGCCCUAG